GAUCGUUCAAAGUAUUACAUAAUAUCACUCAACGUGUCUUCACAUUGUUCAGAGUCUCCACAAUGAUGACGCUGGUGCUGAUCGUUGCUAUCCUGACAGCAACAAAUGUCUGUACAGCAACACAGGACUUUGCUGUGAACGUGGACAACAGCAGCGGCUCAUUCAACGUCGUUGUCCAGGGAGAUGUGUGGUUGGAGAGCGGUCCCUAUUUCUUCAGAGCUGAUGGUGAUGUGUACACCUUUGCCGAUGGAUCGCUGAUGCUGAUCAAGCACAGUCAGUCCAGUGGUGUGGACGUCAUAGGGCAUUGGGAGGCCAACAGCUUCCUGUACCAGGCAGGAUCUAGUCGGGUCGAGGCCAGCAUUGUACAGUACACACCAGAUCCAAGCAUAUUAAACUACAAUGAUCCAGUCUUACCGUUCGUUGUGUUCAAACAGAAAUUCAUCACCGGCUCAAACAACACAGCGGCUUCCACAGUCUCUGAGACGGUGUCUGGCUUUCCAGCAAUUGCAUUAGAAGACAUUGAUAUUCCCUUGGGUUACCUCUAUUAUGCCGGAAGUCAAUUUGGUACCCUCAGCCUAGCAGCUAACCAAUGGGGCCCACACACCUUUGAUGUUGAAUUUGGUCAUGGAAGUGGUCCACUAGCCUUGUUUGACAGAGCUGAGACGGCGAACACAUUGAUAAUAACUCCAGCAAGUGAGUUCAUGUCGUCAUCAAUAUAUCACCAGAACAACGGAAAGGGCAUUAACAACUUAUUCUGGGGUGUCAUGGGAGGUGUCAACACUGUGCCAAGAGAUUUUGAGACAAGUUACAUUAUGUACUGUGGUAACCAAGGAAUCAACAAAGCCUUUGUCAGUUGGGGAGAAAUACUUCAGACGUGGUAUGGGCACAAGGACGAAUUUGUCAAAUCUGAUUUGACAGUCAACUAUCUUGGUUACUGGAUUGACAAUGGUGCAUAUUACUACAAGAACCUAGAGGAAGGCAAAAAUUACCAGGACACUGUCGUGGAUAUUGUCAGUUACAUCCAACAGAUUGGUCUUCCUGUCAGAUUUUUCGCGUAUGACCAAGAGUGGUACUAUAAAGAUUCCCAUGGUGGCAUCGUGCAGUGGACGGCCAUGACUGACGUGGUUCCAAACGGAAUGGAGUGGUUAUACAACAAGACAAACCUUCCUGCUCUGGGUUACAGCCAUUGUUGGUCAUCCAAUAAUACAUAUGCCAAGCAGAAUGGAGGAAACUACAAUUUCAUUAUUGAUGGAAAAAAUGCAAUACCAACAGAAGAGCGAUUCUGGACAGAUCUUAUGUCUUCUGCACGACAGUGGGGGCUGUUUAUCUAUGAACAGGACUACCUAGACCAGCAGUUUGACAUAGUAACCCAGCUUCACACUGACGUGCAUCUAGCCAAGCAGUGGUUGAAGGAGAUGGGUAAUGGAGCAGCAAAGAAUGGCUUGACAAUCCAGUACUGUAUGGCCUACCCCCGCCACGCCCUUCAGUCGCUGGAAAUACCCGUAGUAACACAGGCAAGGGUAAGCAGAGAUUACCAUCCAGGCAACGACCACUGGAAGAUUGGCGUGUCAUCACUCUUGGCUUGGGCCAUUGGUUUAGCUCCGUAUAAGGACAAUUUCUGGACAACAUCAGUUCAACCUGGCAACACAUACAACGCGUCAGAGCCCAAUACAGCGCUACUAGCAGUCGUCUCUACUCUGAGCACAGGACCUGUUGGGAUAAGUGAUAUGAUCGGCGGCUCGAACAAGUCUUUGAUCAUGAAAUCCGUAAAUGCGGACGGACUUAUUUUGAAACCAUCCCGCCCUGCAACUGCCAUAGACAAUACAAUUCGAAAAAUGGCCUGGGGAGACUUUGAGGGACCAGACGGAGAAGUGUGGUCAACAUAUUCAGAUUUUGGAGGGAAGAACAAGUUUGGUAUCAUCCUUGCUGCGGAGUUGACUGGUAGUUACACGAUGACGCCCGGCAUGGCUGGCUUCCAAGGAUUCCCGACUUCCAUGAUCUUCCCUUACAACAACCCCAGCAAGAUCCAGCCUCUGACAGACGCUGACCCCAUUACCAUGAGUGGCUGCAGCACCGUGGACUUCUGUCUGUUCUAUGUGUCGCCUGUCCUUAAGGUUCAAGGGAAGAAGGUGCUUGUUCAGGGCGAGUUGGCCAAGUGGGUCCCGAUGUCCCCGCAGAGAGUGACUGACAUCAGCAUCGGGGACGACAUCCUCAUCAGCCUCACAGGGGCAGCGGCAGAAUCCGUCGUCUUCUGGUUCAAUGUGGACGGAGUGUCCUCCCCUUUGACCUGCACCCUCGGACCAGGCGGCCGCGCCACUCUCAGCUUCAGUCAACAAGCAUGUCGUGGAGAAUGAAGCCAUAUUUGAAGCCACAUUUUAGUUUUUCCUAUAUUUACGGUUCGACCAACCGGAGCUAAAAUCUACAAUCAGAAAGUAAAACAAGAAUAGUUAAAAUAUACAGUAUUGCGGAAACGGGAUAUGUAGUGUUUUUGCGUUUUAUUGAUUUUAUACCAGUAACAAGCAGCAGAGACUAGAAAAAGAACAAAUGUUUAUCCAAUUGAUGAAACCCAAAUUUAACUCCAGAAUGUAAUAAUACAUUUGUCAUUUCAAUCGUAAAUGUUACACUGCUUCUUUACAAAUACUGUAUAUUUGAUUUCAAAUGUCUCCCUACAAUUGUUAAAUUACUUGGUGUCGUCGCUGGAUUGUGUAACUACA